AUGAGUCAUCUUCCAGGAGUAUUGUUCUUCUGGAAAGAUCCGGAAAGACCAAUUGAUAUGAUACUUCUCCAGUCAGAUCAGUCCAAGAGUUUUGUCUUACUCUCAGAUUCAGCAGUAAUCAAUACUCAUUCACAACAAUUAUAUCUGAUUCCUACUUUUGAAAAACAAGAAGACAGAUUCUCUGCACUUCUCUAA